CGAGGGUUUGCAUUUUCGUCUUCUCUAUUUCGUCGUUGCUGCGCGUGAGAUACAGUUUUGCACGAGUCGCCUCUUCGGCUCCUGCUGUUCGACUUCGCUCAUUCGACUACGUUCCCUUCCUGUUGGAUCGGAAGCAACUACGGGAGCUCGUUCGCUGUGAAGGAUUUACGUUCCAAAGGGGAGACGGUGGUUCUAUUCCUCCGUGAGAUUAAGCGGGCGCUCAAGUACCGUUUGGCAGGAUUUGGCUUAAAUCCUGCAUAAAUCUUGUUGCCAAACAGCCCCUUCGAUGUAUCACCAUCAAUUUUUCUGAUGUCGUUGCAAGAGAGCCUUAACAAGUUUAAACAGCAACAGGAGAAGUGCCAAUCUACGCUCACUAGUAUAGCUAAUCGAAGUUCAAGGCCCACCCAUUCUCAAAAACAGGCACCUCCAAGCACUUCUUCAGCUCCAUCACGAGUUGCUGCCCCUGUGAAAUUUUCAAAUGAUACAGAAAGGCUUCAGCACAUCAAUGCUAUUAGGAAGUCCCCAGUUGGCGCUCAGAUAAAGCGUGUGAUUGAUUUACUUCUGGAGACAAGGCAAGCUUUCACACCAGAGCAAAUUAAUGAAGCAUGCUAUGUUGAUAUCAUGGGCAACAAGGCUGUCUUUGACAGUUUGAGGAAUAAUCAUAAAGUACAUUACGAUGGAAGGUGUUUCUCCUACAAGUCCAAACACGAUUUGAAGGGUAAAGACCAGUUGCUUUCUUUGAUUAGAUCGUAUCCGGAGGGUCUUGCUGUUGUUGAUGUGAAGGAUUCAUAUGUAUCAGUUAUGGAUGACUUACAGGCCUUGAAAGGAGCAGGACAAGUAUGGCUCCUAGCCAACAACGAUUCUCAGGAAGAUAUUGUGUAUCCUAAUGACCCCAAGGUGGUGAUCAAAGUUGAUGAUGACUUGAAGCAGCUCUUCAGGGGGAUCGAGCUACCUCGGGACAUGGUGGACAUCGAAAAAGAUCUUCAGAAGAAUGGAAUGAAACCUGCGACGAACACGGCGAAGAGGCGGGCUGCGGCUCAAGUCCAUGGCAUCCCUUCCAAGCCAAAACCAAAGAAGAAGAGUGGAAUCAGCAAACGUACCAAACUCACAAAUGCUCACCUUCCUGAGCUCUUCCAGAACAUAAAUAUGCCUGAUUCUUGAAAAACUGAAGAUUUGAGCUUGUAAGUUGUGCUUUAUAUGCUUUUUUGCUACCCUUACUGAGUCACAGGCCAUCAUAUAUUUAUAAUAACCAAAAAUGUCAGUGCCUUGCUUUCAUGUAUAUGAUUUUAAAAGAAGAGUCCGGCUCUCUCUUGAUGUUUGUUAUGUGUUGAAUUGUCUUAAUGUGAUCUACUUGAUUUAUGUGA